AUGUCUGUCGUCUCACUUCUCGGUGUCAAUGUCCUCAACAAUCCAGCCAAAUUUGGGGAUCCUUAUGAGUUUGAGAUCACUUUCGAGUGUCUUGAAGCAUUGCAAAAGGAUCUCGAAUGGAAAUUGACCUAUGUUGGUUCUGCCACGUCCGAUGAACAUGAUCAAGAACUCGAUUCUCUCCUUGUCGGUCCUAUUCCAGUCGGCACAAAUAAAUUCCUCUUCCAGGCAGAUGCCCCAGAUACCAAGCGAAUCCCAGAUGCCGAAAUCCUCGGUGUUACUGUCAUUCUUCUUACUUGCGCCUACGACGGUAGAGAAUUUGUUCGAGUUGGCUAUUAUGUCAACAACGAAUAUGAUUCUGAGGAAUUGAACGCCGAUCCCCCCGCCAAGCCACUCCUAGACCGAGUUAAGAGAAAUGUUCUUGCUGAGAAACCCCGUGUCACUAGAUUUGCUAUCAAGUGGGACUCCGAUGCAUCUGCUCCUGCUGAAUUCCCUCCUGAACAACCUGAGGCAGAUUUGGUCGCCGAUGGAGAGGAAUAUGGCGCCGAAGAAGCUGGAGAGGACGAGGACGAGGAAGUUGAGGGAGAAGAAGGUGGUGCAGCCGACCCAGAUGCAAUGGAGCAAGAUUCAGAGAUGGCUGGCGCAGAAGCUGAGGGAGCUGCCGCUGAAGAAACCGGUGACGAGAGUGAAGAUCUUGAGGCUGAGAGCAGUGGCGAAUCCGAUGAGGAAGUUGAGGAAGAAGAAGGUGCUGGAGAUGAUGAUAUGGAGAUGGAUGGUGUUGAGAAGCCAAUCUCCGGAAAAACUGGUGGCGUUACACAUCAAGUUGAUGUUGUCAUGGCCGCCUAA